AUGGAAGAUACAAUAAAACCCACAUCAAACAUAUCAGAAAUAGUAUCAAGAUUUGCUAAAGUUUGUAAAUUUAGGUCUAUUGGAGUAUUUACUGAAACCCCAAAUCAAGAUAUAUGUAAUGAUGAUGUAUCUAAUGAUGUGAAAGAAUGUGUUGAGGUGUGUAGUACUAAUAGUAGUAGAAGUGACAUUUGGACUGGUCAUGAUGAGAUAUUGAAAGUUUUUGAAAUAUUGUCUGAACUUAAAAUGGCAUAUGUUCAGCUUCAACAAGCUCAUCUUCCGUAUGAUUCGGAGAAAAUCCGGGUUGCGGAUGAGCUUGUUUUCGCGAAUCUUGAUGGUUUGUGUAAGGUUAGGCGAGCGUUUAAGGAAAAUCAGUUUAAGUACUCUAACUCUCUUUCGGCUUGUCUGACUGUUUUAAGAGGUGAGAUUAAGGUUCAGGAGAGGUUGUUAGAGAGACUUAAAAGUCAGGCUAAGAAAAAAGAUGUCGAAAUUACUGGUCUAAAGGGAGAACUUUGUGAUUUGGAGGGUAAAAAUAGGCUUUUGGUUGAAGAGAUUAAGUGUAGGAAGAGGGAAGCGAUAAAGCGGAUGAAUUUAGCCUGUGUUGAUAAUGUUGUUAACGAGGUUGCAAGGAGUAUUCAUGAUUUUGCUAAGCCGUUAAUCGCUUUGAUGAAGGCUUCGGGGUGGGAUUUGGAUAAAGCUGCAAACUCAAUCCAAGAUUCAGUUGUGUACUCUGUUAGGUCUCAUAAGAAAUAUGCAUUUGAAGCGUACAUUUCUAGGAGAAUGUUCAAUGGGUUUUCGUUGAAAUCCCAGAAUAUUGAUCAGGUGUUGAGGUUUAAUGAUCCUGUUGAUGUUUUAAUAGAUGACCCGAAUGGUAGUUUUGCUGAAUUUUGUAGAACAAAGUACCUGUUGAUAGUUCAUCCAAGGAUAGAAGCGUCAUUUUUUGGAAAUUUGGAUCAGAGGAACUUUGUGUCUAGUGGAAGGCAUCCGAUGACACCGUUUUACCAAUUGUUUGUUAAAAUGGCAAGGUGGGUUUGGCUUCUACAAGGUAUUGCAGCUUCACAGCCAGAAAGUGAAAUGUUCAUAGUCAAUCGAGGAAGUGAAUUCUCUGAUAGUUAUAUGGAGAAUAUCGAGGGUGGAAAGGAUGAUGUGCGCUCGUUAGAUGGCCAGAAGGGAAGGUAUAAAGUUGAGCUGAUGGUGAUGCCUGGAUUUAGAAUCGAGGAAAGAUUGUUUAAGGCUCGUGUUUAUGUUUCUAAACUCAGUACUACUUCCUAG